AUGCCAAAUUAACAACCGCGUUUUGCUGUCAAAACGCUUGCGAGCUUCCGUACCGCUCUGACUGGUGGCACUGGGCAUCAGUUGAAACGCAGCAUUAAACUCUGUGACAUUAAACCUUUUGGGAUCCGAACAAUGAGUCGAAGUUAUAACGAUGAGCUGCAGUAUCUGGAGAAGAUCAGCAGGAACUGCUGGAGGAUUAAAAAGGGUUUUGUUCCCAACAUGCAGGUUGAAGGAAACUUCUACGUGAACGAUUCACUGGAGAAACUGAUGUUUGAGGAGCUUCGUAACGCCUGUCGAGGAGGAGGUGUGGGCGGCUUCCUUCCGGCCAUGAAACAAAUCGGGAACGUGGCAGCGCUGCCUGGGAUCGUACACAGGUCCAUCGGCCUCCCAGACGUUCACUCCGGAUAUGGAUUUGCGAUUGGAAACAUGGCGGCCUUCGACAUGAACAACCCGGACGCUGUGGUGUCUCCAGGCGGCGUUGGUUUUGACAUAAACUGCGGCGUCCGUCUGCUGAGGACGAACCUGGACGAGGGAGACGUUCAGCCGGUGAAGGAGCAGCUGGCCCAGUCGCUGUUCGACCACAUCCCAGUGGGAGUCGGGUCCAAGGGAGUCAUCCCCAUGGGGGCCAAGGACCUGGAGGAGGCUCUGGAGAUGGGGGUGGACUGGUCUCUGAGGGAGGGCUACGCCUGGGCCGAGGACAAGGAGCACUGCGAGGAGUACGGCAGGAUGCUGCAGGCCGACCCCAACAAAGUCUCCUCCAAGGCCAAGAAGAGAGGCCUGCCGCAGCUGGGGACUCUGGGAGCAGGAAACCACUACGCUGAGAUCCAGGUGGUGGAUGAGAUCUACAACGACUACGCCGCCAAGAAGAUGGGCAUCGACCACAAAGGUCAGGUGUGCGUGAUGAUCCACAGCGGCAGCAGAGGCCUCGGACAUCAGGUCGCCACAGACGCUCUGGUCGCCAUGGAGAAGGCGAUGAAGAGAGAUAAGAUCACGGUGAACGACCGUCAGCUGGCGUGCGCUCGCAUCACGUCACAGGAAGGACAGGACUACCUGAAGGGGAUGGCUGCCGCAGGAAACUACGCCUGGGUCAACCGCUCGUCCAUGACCUUCCUCACCAGACAGGCCUUCUCUAAAGUGUUUGGCACCACGCCGGACGACCUGGACAUGCACGUCAUCUACGACGUUUCUCACAACAUCGCCAAGGUCGAAGAGCACAUGGUGGACGGGAAGCAGAGGACUCUGCUGGUCCACCGCAAAGGAUCCACCCGAGCUUUCCCCCCACACCACCCCCUCAUCCCCGUAGACUACCAGCUCACAGGUCAGCCGGUGUUGAUCGGAGGGACGAUGGGGACCUGCAGUUACGUCCUCACAGGGACCGAACACGGCAUGACGGAAACGUUCGGCACCACCUGCCACGGAGCGGGUCGCGCUCUGUCUCGAGCAAAGUCCCGCAGGAACCUGGACUUCCAGGACGUCCUGGACAAACUGGCCGACCAGGGCAUCGCCAUCCGAGUCGCUUCCCCCAAACUGGUCAUGGAGGAGGCUCCUGAGUCGUACAAAAACGUGACGGACGUCGUCAACACGUGUCACGACGCUGGAAUCAGUAAGAAGGCGAUCAAACUGAGGCCGAUCGCUGUGAUUAAAGGCUGAAGCUGCACGACUCGACGUCUAAAGACAAUUUGCACGCAACAAAGGAUGUCAUGAUGCUUAAAAACCCAAGAGACUCGUGUUCAGGAAAACAGAAGAUAUUUGCUUCAUUUUUUCUUUGUUUUUUUGGAAUGAAUUUAUGUUUGAGCACAGAGAGAAAAAUGAGAUUGAAAAUUUAAUUUCUAAGCUGAAAAUGUUUGUUUUUUUGUUCUGUGAUUCAAAUAAAGGUGAUCACUGAAUUUAAUGUGAUACACGCCGUUACAGUACACUCGCUCUACCUCAGCGGUAGAAGAAGUAUUCAGAUCUUUUACUUAAAGAUCGUAAAAAUAACAAUACAACGAUGUAAAAACACUCCAUUACAAGUGAAAGUACAGAGGCAUAAUCGGCUCAUAUCUGACUUUAUUAUUAUUAUUAAUACUGAAGCAUCAAUGUUAGAGCAGCAUUUUACUGUUGUAGCUGCUCGAGGUGGUUUUAACGACUUUAUAUACUGUUUGCUAGUUUAGUCCAGUGGUUCCCAACCUCGGGGUCGGGCCCCUCCAAAGGGUCACCAGAUAAAUCUGAGGGGUCGUGAGAUGAUUGAUGGGAGAGGAAAGAAGAAAAAACUAAGUUCUGAUGCAGAAAUCUGUUUUCAGUGAAAUGUUGGAUCAUUUAAACAGUUAUUGAAAUGAAACCAUGUGAGAAGUUUAGCAGAGAAAUGUCUCUUUGGUGGAACUGACGACAACUCGGACAUCUGAAACGUGACAAGGAGACAACUACACAGAUUUUGUGGUCACAAAGUUUAAGUUUUCUUUAAAUUGUAACUAACUAAAGCUGUCAGACGAAUGUAGUAAAGUUAAAAAGAACAAUAUUUCCCUCUGAGAUGAAGUGGAGUAGAAGUAGAAAGUGGCGUGAAAAGACUUGAGUAAAUGUAAGUAGUACAGUAAAGUACUAACAUUUACUGUACUACAGUAAACACUGCCAGAAUCCGUGGUAAUCAUGUGAGAUGAGAUCAUUUAGCUGUUGAUUUAUCCUGAGUUAUAUACUCAAACUUACCUUUUUCCUCUUGUUUUUCCUAAAAUCAUAAAACUACAUCUGAGCUCGUGAUGUGAAGCAAUAAAUAAAGCAGAGAGUUUGAUAUCUCAUGAUUAGUAAACACUUUAUUGGUUCUAAAAGAAGGUUUAUCGCCAUAUAAAAACAAAAUAAACAUUUCACCAUCAAUGAACAAAUGAAUUCAUUUGGCAAGUUUUUCCUUUUAUAUGAGCAAACCUCAGUUCCCUCUGCUGAAGAUGAUUUAAACAGAAAAAUAAAAAUAAAAACAGGCUGCAACAACCUGAAUAUUCAUCAAGCGUCUAAUGAAGCUGAUUUUUCAAGUGGUCAUGCUAUUUAGCACAGCUGAUUCUACUUUAACGGGUUUACUAAAGAAGAAUAGAUUUGACUUCUAGUGUCUGAGUGAAUACUAUGACGGUAAGAUGAGGAACACAAAUCACAUUAAAUCAUUACUUCAGGUGUUUGUGAUAUUUACCAUUCAAGUUGAUUGGACCUGGUUCAUAUAAGUUAACAGGUGAAUUAAGUGCAGAUCCUGACUGAGCCCACUGUGUCGGUGUUUCGUCAUUUUAGUGUUGAAACAGAUGCAUGUGUACGGAGGUGAAACUGUGACAAAACUGAAGACUUUAGAAGGAAUAGUUCAAUAUUUGGGCAAAAAUAUGCUUAUUUCUUUUUGAGAGCGAGAUGUUCAGAUGGAUCUCAAUCUCCCGUUUGCGUGUGUUGCUAACAGAGCUAAAGUCAGGACGUGGUUAGCCUAGCUUAGCGAGAAAUAGUUACAGCACUCCUGCUUAAACAAACAAGAUUCAACAUGUUAAUCAGUUAGCUUUAGGAGGUGUGCAUAGGUGUAUUUUUUAAACUUUGGACAGAGCCAGGCUAGCCGUUUUCCGUCUUUAUGCUAAGCUAAGCUAACCACAUCCUGAUUCAGGCUCUGUAUCGAACACAGAGACAUGAGAUUGAUAUCCAUCUGAACAUGUCACUCGCAGAUAGAAAGUAAACUUCCCAAGAUAUUGAACAAUUCCUCAAAAAAAAAGGAACGUAUCAGCUUAACACACUCAAACUGUUAAACUUAAAACAACUGUUAAAAAACAGUUUUUAGCAAUGUUUGCAUUCCUGAGCCCACACUGUAAUUUUUCUGCAGCUAACUGAAAAAAAAUAAAUAAAAAAUACAGAUUUAUAAGUCCAGUCUGAUAUUUUUUGGGGGAAAUCCUUUCAUUUGUUGCUUUUAUAUUUAUAGAUGAGAAGAUCACUUUCAUCUGUGCGUCCAGUCCAGAUGGCUCAAGCCCAGCUUAGCAUAAAGACUGAAAGCAGGGGGAAACUGCUAGCCAGUGUAGUAUAAUCACUAGGUACUUAUGGCUAGUUACUGUUUUUUAAUCUACAACAAAGUUAGCAUAUCGAACAGUAUGCCAGCUGGUUGUAGCUAGCUGUUAUAGUAUUUGUUUUUAGCUAAAAGACUGGACGCAGGGGGAAACUGCUAGCCUAGCUCCAUCAAAAGAGAAAAAUAAAAAUAAUCCACCCUUCAAAGCCGUCCGAGUCACAUACAGGUGUAGAAACAGAAAUUUAAAAACAAGACAUUGUGGUUUAGGAGCAGUUAUUUGUUGACAAACAACCACUGUGAUACAAGUAAUGAAAGUAAUAAAAUACACCUUUUAACAACUUAUGGAAAUGUCUGAUUUACAGUACAGAGUACAGAGAAAGGUCCAGCUUGUGUUACUGAAAGCAGGGACAAACUACUAGCCAGUGUAGCCACAAAACAGCUAGCAUAUAUUGACUAGGUAUUUAUAGUUUCUGGUUUGUUUUUUGUUGCUACAAACAGUAAGCGUAUUAAACAUUAAGCUAGCUGUUUGUAGCAAGUUGUUGCAGAUAACUGGUGCAAGUUUAAAGCAAAGCUUAGCAGAAAAGACUGGAAGACAGGAGGAAACUACUAGCCAGUACUGCUACAAAACAGCUAGCAUAAUUAAUGUUAUGUGUUCAUUAGCUAAAUUAUGUUAUGCAAAUUUCCCAAAUUGUUGAAUUAUUCCUUUAAAAAAAAAAAAAGGAACAAAGCACCUUACAACAACUCCAAACUACAGCUAGCAUACCUGAUGUUGGUAGCUGUUUGUACUAAGCUAGGCUCAACACAUCAAUGGUAUAUACCAGUUACCUACAAAGACUGGAAGCUGGGGGAAACUGCUAGCCUAGCUCCAUGUUUAUUGAACAGGUUUAGAAAUAGAAAUGUAAAAAAGGAGACAUUAUGGUUUUAGUAGCAGCAUCUGUUGACCAACAACUGCUGAGCAAACUCUUGGAUGGAUUGGUGACUAGACUGUUAGCUAACAAGAUACAACAUGUAAAUCAGACAGCUUUGGAGUUCUUUGAAGGUGGAUUUUUUUUCCUCUUUUGAUGGAG